AUGAAUUCCAAGGGGUAUCGAACUAAUAUUCUUGGUUCUGACGCCGAAGAGUCCUUGCCUAAGCACCUGGCUAAUUCACAGAACUUGAUCCAAGUGAUUUUAACGCACAGUGAGACGAGAUCGACUCCAACUGUUAACUCUGCUGCUGAAUCGCAGUCGACCAUUGAGUCUUUGAAGUCCCUAAACACUCUUAUUCGGCAAAUAAGUCUAGAUCUUUGCCCGCAAGAGGAAGCUGUAACAAGCCUGGGGAACUGGCUCAAAACUAUCUCUCCAGAAGAAUAUACACAAAUUCCACAAUGGACGCCGGAAAUGUGGGCAGCGUACAACGACUACAAAGCUAAAGCAGAAGAGCAAGGCAGGGCCCAUAAAGCAUAUCUAGCCUUUUCCGCAUCUCAUCCCAAGCCAAGUGAUCCGGAUGAAAACCUUGAGCGUGCUAGGUUAGCUAUUAUAUGGGGUCAAAUGUCAUUAGCGGCGGCUGAAGCACGACUUUCCUUUCUUGGUGAAUACCAGAACGCAUUUGAGAAUAAAGUUUCCAUUCAAAAUCAUAUCGAGGAGGCUUCAAAACAAAUAGUCAGUGGAAGAAACGCUAUAAAGAAGGCGAGGAGAAGCCAUAAUGACCUCUGGAACAAGAAUCCAGGCAAAGCUAAUCCCGAGGUUUUUGAUGAUGUUAUUUAG